AUGGCAGAGAACAGCCAGGUUGCAUGUGAGACAGAUCUGGAUAUGCACCUCGACCGUGGGCUUCAAACAGGAGGUGUUACAGAUGUACCUCAACGUCAGCGCACAUCUUUAACUACUGUGACCUCAGAGCCAGCACUAAUACAGACGAGCGCCAGCGAUAGUCAUAAAAACGCGUCUGAAACUGCCGUUCAACAGCACAUCUUACAAGGUCAGCCGGACAAAUGUGUACGUCUUUCCGUAGAGGCUGUCCAUGAUUCAACUCCAAAGUACACACCAGCGGAAGCAGAGCUGGAUUUUGCAAGUCGAUCCGUGGUCACAAUAGACAGUCCAGGGUUGCAUCGAGAUCGUGCCCCAUCGUUAGAAGCUGGCGACAAGACCGGCAAAAACGCUACUCCGCCAGAAAUACCCCGGAGUACCUCCGACACACACGCAUUCCCUCCGCCCUCGACCAAAUGCAAAGUCCAGCAGGCCAGAGCGGUUGGCUUCUGUUUCAGUGGUCAUUCCAGUCGUCGAUCCGAUAGACUGGCAGCAAGUAACACAACAAAUCUUUCAAGCCGAGCACGACGUCGUGGCUACCGAGAUAGCAGCGACAUUGACGAUGACAACAGUGCCCCGACAGCGCAUCACCUUAAGGAUUAUUCUCAAUUGGCAAGCGCAUCCAGUCAUAAGGUAGGAGAACGUCCACGUAAAAGUCUCAGGCAUGCGCUCCGGCCGAAAAAGGCAACAGAAACCAGCUCAGGCGCGACCACUAGCACCGUUAGGGAUGCACGAGUCCGCUCCAAAAACCAUCAGAUGGAGGUUUUGCUGUCACUCCGGGUGAGACCCAAGAGAUCUUCGGUCGCGGAAGAAUCCUACGAAUCCAAGCCCACGGUCCUCGACAUGCUUAUUUCAUCACAUUCCUUCGAGAUGUUGUUCACCGCUCACCUAUACCAUCACCUCCUGAGAUGCCUCCUGAUCAGUCGAUAUGCUCUGACGGUCACUCUCAGAAUUAGACUUUACGAUAAGUGGCGCGCACUAGGCGUCAUAAACAUAUUACGCCUACAACGUAUGAAGAUAAGGAGCCAACCAGUCGCUCGACAAAGCCGCAUCAAACCUUGCAAUCUCUGCAUGAUUGGCGAGAACCAACAGAAGUCCAGGAAGGGCUUGCCAUGGUCUACGGAAGAGGUGGAUCUUCUGCUGAAGUUAAAACCUCUAAGAAACGACCUUCAGAGGUGA